CAAGACACCGAGUUGCGCGCGCAACCAUCGCCAUCUUUGAAUCACAGGUGUGCACCAUCAACACUGGUCUACAUGCCUUUUCCACAAAGUUAGUUUAAUUUAGAUAGCGUUACAUAAACUACUUUGUCCGAGCAUGGCUAACCGAAAUAUGCAACAAGCGAGCAUGCAAAGCAGUAAUUCUCCUCAACCAGCGAAACGCGGGACCGAUUCCCCGGCCACGGAGCAGUCACCGGCGAACAAAGACAGCCCAGCUCCGCCGCCGCAGCAGUCCCCCGCGGCGGAACAAGAAACCGGGGAAGGAAGCAAAGAAGGCCCGAAAGAAAUGACUCUGGAUAUCACGAGUUUUCGGAAGCCCGGUGAGAAGACGUUCACCCAGCGCUCUCGUCUUUUUGUCGGCAAUCUCCCGCUGGAUAUCCCGGAGGAGGAGUUCAAAAACAUGUUUGCUAAAUAUGGGAAUGUAAACGAGGUUUUCAUCAACAGAGACCGGGGGUUCGGCUUAAUUCGCUUGGAAACCCGGACUCUGGCAGAAAUUGCUAAAGCUGAGCUGGAUGGGACUAUUUUGAAUAAUAGACCAAUCAGGAUCCGCUUUUCUACACAUGGUGCUGCGCUCACAGUGCGCAACCUGUUGCCCGCAGUAACAAAUGAGCUGCUGGAACAGGCGUUUUCUCAGUUUGGGCCGGUGGAGCGGGCUAUUGUCGUGACAGAUGACCGUAGUCGUCCCACUGGGAGAGGCAUUGUGGAGUUUGCAAACAAAGCAGCUGCACGUAAAGCCCUGGAGCGCUGCACGGAGGGAGCGCUGCUGCUGACCACCACACCUUGUCCAGCCAUUGUGGAGCCCUCAGAGCACUUUGAUGAUGAGGAUGGACUGUCUGAAAAAUUGUUGCAGAAGACUCCAAAGUACCAUAAGGAACGAGAGCAGCCGCCACGUUUUGCUCAGCCGGGGACUUUUGAGUUUGAAUACUCGUCUCGCUGGAAAGCUCUUCAUGAGAUGGAGAAACAGCAAAGAGAGCAGGUGGACAAGAACAUUAAAGAGGCCAAAGAGAAACUGGAGGCUGAGCUGGAGUCAGCCAAACAUGAACAUCAGCUCAUGUUAAUGAGACAAGAUCUAAUGAGACGUCAGGAGGAACUGAGGAGACUGGAGGAGCUCCGCAACCAGGAGCUGCAGAGACGAAAGCAGAUAGAGAUGAGGCAUGAAGAGGAGAGGAGGAGGAGAGAGGAGGAGAUGAUGAGACACAGAGAACAGGAGGACCUGAGACGCAACCCAGAUGGCUUCAAACCAAAUUACAUGGACAAUAGAGAACAGGAAAUGAGAGUGGGUGAGCUGGGCCCUCGUGGAGCCAUUAAAAUGGGAGAUGGCUAUAACCAGGCCUCUCCAGGGCCCAGUGGUAACCAGGGUCAAAUGAUGGGCAUGAGUGGAAGGGGAGGAGCCAUUGGCCCAGAGGGAACUGCAAAUAUGGGGACACCAUUGAUGUCAGAGAAUGGAGCCAUGCGAAACGAUAGAUACCCGCAGGGUGGAUCAAUGGGGGGCCGAUCAGAAGUCGAGUCCCCAAAGCAGCAGCAGCAGCAACAGCAACAGCAGCAACAGCAACAGCAGCAACAUCAGCAGCCAUUGGGCCCCCAAGUUGGACCAGCCCCAGGAUUUGGCAGGGGAAAUCCAGUAGGGGGAGUCUUUGAUGGGCCAAAUAACAAGCGGCGCAGAUACUAACUUCUCUCUUAUCAUGGAGACACUGUUCUCAUGGGUCUUUGUUACUGCCCCAUCCCGAUAAUAUCUUUUCUGUUUUUACGUCAACCCACUUCCCUUCCUGAGACUUGGAUAUGUUUGCUGAAAAAAAUUGGGCAGAUUCCCCCUCCCCGUAAUGCAAGUUUUCACUGAGGGGCAUUUAUUUUGUGAUUGAUACAACUCCAGGAUACUGCUUUGUAUCCACACAUCUGCAAUGUUUAUACACAGUGUUUUUCCCAGCAAAUGUUUCUCUUCUAUGUUUUCAGAAUGAAACAGUUUGUCCUUUUUGUGUGCUGAAUAAUAGUGUGCAAACACAUUUCAUAGCAUGUCAAGGAAGGCCUUUGUGGUUAGACAGCUUUGCAGUUGCUAUGGCUGCAAUGGUCUUGGAUACACUUUAUUAUGCUGCUCUAGGGGAGUGUUGAAUAAAUAAAAAAAAAGAUCAAUUAGAUUGGACAUGGAUUAGAGUCACAACAGGGUUGUUGACCUCUCAAACUGAAAAGUAGUGUAACACCAGAAAAAUGAAAAAUAGAAAUUCCUGGGAGUAAACCAUCAUUAAUAUCUCCAUUCAGUCAUAUAGGCCAUAGAUGUUUUUUCCCCUCCCUUUAAACAUACUGUUACUACUGUUAGCUUAUUAGAUGUUCAAUCAUAUAGUGAGUGAAUGUUUCUGCAGCUUCAGUGCAUCCUGUAUUUGAUGGUUAAGAGAAAUAAAAGAUUUGUAGGAAGUUG